AUGGCGGCGUGCGGACGUGCUCGGCUGCCCCUGCUGUUGAUGUCCGUGUCAUUCUGCGUUUUCUACACCGUCCGGGCACUGAAGGCGCCCAACAAUGGCGUCGGAAACCUCCCCGCCGACCCCCAGAAUCCGCCCGGCGUGAGAGCGGCGGAACCCCCCGCUAAGGAUGCACCGGCCGCUGCGGCAGCGCCGCCUCGAAGGGCGCUCGGCUGGAGGCUGUCCGAGGAGGAGGCCUGCCGGGAGGACCUGACCCGGCUCUGUCCCAAACACACCUGGAGCAACAACCUGGCCCUCCUGGAGUGUCUGCAGGAUCGCAAAGAGGAAAUGGAAAUUGCUGCUGACUGCAACCAUCUCCUGUGGAAUUACAAGCUCAACCUGACUACAGAUCCCAAGUUUGAGUCGGUGGCCAUGGAGGUCUGCAAGAGCACCAUCACAGAGAUAAAGGAGUGCAAUGAGGUGGCGCGUGGGAGGGGCUACCUGGUAUCCUGUCUGGUGGAUCACCGUGGCAACAUCAGCGAAUACCAGUGUCACCAGUACAUCACCAAAAUGACCACUAUCAUCUUCAGUGACUACCGCCUGAUCUGUGGCUUCAUGGACAGAUGUAAGGAUGACAUCAACACCCUGCACUGUGGCAGCAUCAAUGUGGGACACAAGGAUGUCCAUUCUCAGGGGGAGGUCAUUGCCUGUCUGGAGAAGGCCCUGGUCAGGGAGGUGGAGCAACAGGAGCACACUCAUCGAAUCAGAGAGGAUUGUAAGAAGGCCAUCAUGCGAGUGGCCGAGUUGUCAUCCGACGACUUCCACCUGGACCGCUACCUGUACUUCUCCUGCCGCGAUGACCGUGAACGCUUCUGUGAGAACACCCAGGCAGGAGAGGGAAAAGUCUACAAGUGUCUGUUCAACCAUAAGUUUGAGGAGGCAAUGUCAGAGAAGUGUCGUGAUGCUCUGACCACACGUCAGAAGCUAAUAGCUCAGGACUACAAGGUGAGCUACUCCCUGGCCAAGGCCUGCAAGGCCGACCUGAGAAAGCAGCGCUGCAACCUGGACACCAACAUGCCCCGUGCCCGCGAGGCCCGCCUCUCCUACCUGCUGCUCUGCCUUGAGUCCGCCGUGCACCGCGGUCGUCAAGUGAGCGGAGAGUGUCAGGGGGAGAUGCUGGACUACAGGAGGAUGCUGAUGGAGGAUUUCUCUCUGAGUCCAGAGAUUGUUCUGCACUGCCGGGGGGAGAUCGAGGCCCACUGCUCUGGCUUGCACCGCAAAGGACGCACCCUGCACUGCCUGAUGAGGGUGGGCAGAGGGGACCGGAGUAGCACCGUGGACAGCCUCUGCCAGAGCGCCCUCCAGACUUUGAUCCAAUCUGCAGAUCCUGGAGCUGACUACAGGAUAGACCGGGCUCUCAAUGAGGCUUGCGAGUCGGUCAUUCAGACUGCCUGCAAACAUAUCCGCAACGGGGACCCCAUGAUCCUGUCGUGCCUAAUGGAGCACCUCUACACAGAGAAGAUGGUGGAGGACUGUGAACACAGACUGCUAGAGCUGCAGUACUUCAUCUCUAGAGACUGGAAAUUGGAUCCUAUCCUGUAUAAGAAGUGCCAAGGUGACGCAGCCCGCCUGUGCCACACCCACAGCUGGAACGAGACCAGCGAGCUCAUGCCACCGGGUGCCGUGUUCUCCUGCCUGUACCGCCACGCUUACCGCACCGAGGAGCAGGGCAGAAGGCUGUCCCGGGACUGCAAGGUGGAGGUGCAGAGGAUUCUCCACCAGAGGGCGCUGGACGUAAAGUUGGAUCCUGAGCUCCAGAGACGUUGUAUGACUGAUCUGGGGAAGUGGUGCAGUGAGAAGACAGACACUGGACAGGAGUUGGAGUGCCUUCAGGACCAUCUGGAGGAUUUAGUAUCUGGCUGCCGGGAUGUGGUGGGCAACUUGACAGAGUUGGAGUCGGAGGACAUCCAGAUUGAGGCUCUGCUCAUCAGGGCCUGUGAGCCAGUCAUCCAGGCCCACUGUCAUGAUGUAGCCGAUAACCAGAUUGAUACUGGUGACCUCAUGGAGUGUCUGAUUCAGAAUAAACACCAGAAGGAGAUGAAUGACAAGUGCUCUGUGGGCGUCACCCACUUCCAGCUGAUUCAGAUGAAAGACUUCCGGUUUUCCUACAAGUUCAAGAUGGCCUGCAAGGAGGAUGUUCUCAAGUUGUGUCCCAACAUCAAGAAGAAGGUGGACGUAGUCAUCUGUCUCAGCACCACAGUGAGGAAUGACACUCUGCAGGAUGUGAGGGAGCAACGCGUCUCUCUUAAAUGUCGUAAACAGCUCAGGGUGGAGGAGCUAGAGAUGUCGGAGGAUAUUCGUUUGGAGCCAGAGCUUUAUGACUCCUGUAAGACUGACAUCAAUCGGCUCUGUUCAAACGUGGCCUUUGGCAAUGCACAGAUGAUUGAGUGUUUGAAGGAGAACAAGAAACAGCUGAGUCAGCGGUGCCACCAGCGCAUCUUUAAGCUGCAGGAGGUGGAGAUGAGUGAUCCUGAGCUGGACUACCAGCUAAUGAGAGUCUGCAAGCAGAUGAUUAAGCGGUUCUGUACGGAUGCAGAUGCAAGGAACGUCCUCCAGUGUCUGAAACAGAACAAGAACAGUGAGCUGAUGGACCCAAAGUGUAAACAGAUGAUCACCAAGAGACAGAUCACCCAGAACACAGACUACAGGCUGAACCCAGUUCUGAGGAAGGCUUGCAGGGCCGACAUUCCCAAGUUCUGCCAAGCCAUCCUGAACAAGGCCAGUGAUGACAGUGAGCUGGAGGGCCAAGUGAUAGCCUGCCUCAAACUCAAAUAUGCUGACCAGAGGCUGUCUCCAGACUGUGAGGACCAAAUUAGAGUAAUACUGCAGGAGUCGGCUCUGGACUACAGACUGGACCCGCAGCUACAAAUACACUGCACAGAGGAGAUCUCCAGACUAUGUGCAGAAGAGGCAGCAGCUCAAGAACAGACAGGCCAGGUGGAGGAGUGUCUGAAAGUCAAUCUGCUUAAGAUUAAGCAGGAUGCCUGUAAGAAGGAAGUUCUUAACAUGCUGAAGGAGAGUAAGGCGGACAUCUUUGUGGACCCAGUUCUCCACACAGCUUGUGCUUUGGACCUGAAACACCACUGUGCUGCCAUCACCCCUGGCAGAGGACGACAGAUGUCAUGUCUGAUGGAGGCAUUACAGGACAAGAGGGUGCGUCUACAGCCAGAGUGUAAGAAAAGACUGCAGGAUCGUAUCGAUAUGUGGAGCUAUGCUGCCAAGGUGGCGCCAGCAGAAGGCUUCUCAGACCUGGCAGUGCAGGUGAUGACAUCACCAUCCAAGAACUACAUCCUGUUCAUGAUCGCCCUGAGCGUGUGCGUUCUCUUCCUGAUCGGACUGCUGUGUGGCCGCAUCACCAAGCGCAUGACACGGGAGCUGAAGGACAGGUAGAGAAGAAGACGGACGCUCAGACGCUCCCGUGAAAGACUGGCUCCUCCCUCACCUGCCUCCCCUUAAUCUCCCCCUCGAGCAGCCUUCGUUUCUGAGGGGCCCAGUUAAUGACCAGCCAAUCUGCGCAGUGCCAACGCCCAUG